AAUAUCAGCCAAGCUAGCAGAUACAGGUAAGCGAGGUACAGCGUGUUCAAAGGGACUGGACAAUGUGUGGUCAUCCGUAGCCGGUCCAGAGUGUUCAGGAGGCCGCGUGGGUCGUUUCUCUGAGGGAUGAACCUCCAGCCUCGGCCGUGACCGUGAAGGAGGCUCCAUCAAAUCCCGCUUCUUCGCUCGUUAGCCCGCCGCGCUAAUAGGAGAGGCGCCGCUGCUGCUGGUGACUAUGCAAGGGGAAACUGCGGCGGUGCGAGUCACGGAAAACGACGGAAAGCUGGAUGUGUUUCCCCAGAACAGGACCCCGAGUUCGGGGAGGGCGAGUGCCAAGAGUUGGCAGUACAGUGAUCACAUGGAGAACAUUGAUGGCUACCUGAUGAAAUACACAAACCUGGUAACAGGCUGGCAGUACAGGUUCUUCGUCCUGAACAACGAGGCGGGACUGUUGGAGUAUUUCGUCAACGAGCAGUCGCGUCCACAGAAGCCCCGCGGCAUGCUCCCCCUAGCCGGGGCCGUCAUCUCCCCCAGUGACGAGGACUCUCAUACCUUCACGGUGAACGCCAUCAGCGGGGAGCAGUACAAGCUCCGAGCCAGUGACGCCAAAGAGAGGCAGCACUGGGUGAGCCGGCUGCAGAUCUGCACACAGCACCACACUGAGGCCAUGGGGAAGAGUAACCCCCCUCCUGAUUCCCGCAGCUACUCCGUGGCGUCUCAAGGCAGUGGCAGCUCCCCCAUGUCUCUGCGGCGGCCGAGCCAAAACGCCAACACUCUGUUUGGCUGGGCGCAGAGCCACAAAGGCUCGACGCUCUACUCCAGCAAGCGGUCCAUGAUGCCGGACCACCUGGUGGACGCCAGAGAGAUGAUGAGCCAGGCCCAGGGCCAGCACAAAGACCUGAUCCAGAGCAUCGAGGGGCUGCCGGCGGCCCCUGGCCUCUCCCCUUUAGACCAGGACCUGCUGAUGCUGAAGGCGACCUCCAUGGCCACCAUGAGCUGCCUGAACGAGUGCCUGCACAUCCUGCACCUGCAGCAGGUCGCCAGGCAACGGAACGCCCUGGGAGGACCCACCAUCGAGUGGCUGGAGCCCAAAGUGCCCGACAUCCUGAAGAACGGCAGCAGCUCCCUGGGCAGCUUCACCACGGGGGGAGAGGGCCCGCUGGAGGGGGGGCAGCUGGAGCUGAGCACCCCCGAGUCCUGCAGCUUGUCUGGGGAGCAGGAGGACAUCGACCCAGAAGACGAGCUGGAGGACUCCUUCACCGACAAGGAGGAGGACCUGGGGGCUGUUGAGGAGGAGCGGAGCGUCAUCCUACACCUGCUGUCGCAGCUGAAGCUGGGCAUGGACCUCACACGGGUCGUCCUCCCCACCUUCAUCCUGGAGAAGCGCUCUCUGCUGGAAAUGUACGCGGACUUCAUGUCCCACCCGGACCUCUUCGUCACCAUCACCGACGGCAGCAGCCCGGAGGACCGCAUGGUCCGCUUCGUGGAGUAUUACCUCACCUCCUUCCACGAGGGCCGCAAGGGCGCCAUCGCCAAGAAGCCCUACAACCCCAUCAUCGGCGAGACGUUCCACUGCUCCUGGAGGGUUCCCCGGAGGCAGGACGCCCCCAGGGAGCCUUCGCGGGGCAGCCCAGAACCCCCCGACGCUUCGGCCGCCCAGGAGCCCCUCCAGCUGCGCUUCGUGGCUGAGCAGGUAUCCCAUCACCCCCCUGUGUCUGGCUUCUACGCAGAGUGCCAAGAGAGGCGGAUGUGUGUGAACACACACGUGUGGACCAAGAGCAAGUUCAUGGGGAUGUCCAUCGGUGUGUCGAUGAUCGGAGAAGGUUGCCUGCAUUUGCUGGAGCACGACGAGGAGUACACGUUCACGCUGCCUUGUGCCUACGCUCGCUCCAUCCUCACCGUUCCCUGGGUGGAGCUGGGCGGUAAAGUCAACAUCAACUGCGCCAAGUCUGGCCACUCUGCAGUCAUCACCUUCCAGACGAAGCCGUUCUACGGGGGCAAAUUACACAAAGUGACGGCGGAGGUGAAGCACAACGCCACCAAUGCGCUGGUGUGCCGGGUUCAGGGCGAGUGGAACGGCGUGUUGGAGUUCAGCUACGCCAGCGGGGAGACCAGGCUCGUCGACGUCACCAAGCUGCCCGUGACGAGGAAGUGUGUCCGGCCCAUAGAGAAGCAAGCGCCGACAGAGUCCAGACGCCUCUGGCAGCACGUGACGGAGGCUUUGCGGCAGAAAGAUAUCGAAAAGGCCACCGAGCACAAGAGGGUCCUGGAGGAGCGGCAGCGGACUGAGGAGAGGCACCGUUCGGAGACGGAGACUCUGUGGAGGACCAGAUACUUUGACCAGGAGGGUGACGGCUGGUUUUACCGCAAGCCGCUUUGGAAAAACUCUUCCUCCAAGUCCUAGCUUCCCCGGUCUUUGAAGGAAACGUGGAUUCGGGGCCGACUACGUGCACAUGUGCAUGCAGUCGCAUGAGAGCAUGCUCUGCAGAGAGGCGGCGCGAUGCUCGCAGAGCAGCUUUUGUUCUGCUCGUCUCUUUUUCUACAACAUGGAGGAAAACGUUCUUGUACUCGCAGCCUUAAGACCGUCCGAUGAAUGACGCUCUGUUCGCUUCUUUUCUUCAUCUCUGGUUCCAAAGGUACUCCUGAGAACGUUAAACGCUGCAGCGCUGCCUAACAGCAAUCCAUCCAAUGUUUUAUUUGAAGCUUUGACGUUUACCUGAAUGAAUAAAUAAAUCGAGGCAGGUUGGGAUGAAAUGUGAGCCGGGUUUUCUAAAUUCAGGGAUACAUUUCUAUAGUUGUAAAACUGCAAAUACUAAAGGCAGAAAAUGUCCGAUUCCAAUAAUAAGU